GCAGAUUGUAUAGAAAAUAAAUAGACUGCUGCGAUGAGCGGGCCGCGACCGAAGCAAAAAGUGCCAGCGGAGGGUGCUGGUGUGCGCGCAGUUCGGAUUGUCCCUCCUGCAGCGGCUCUCUCCUUGUCACGGGCUCCUCCAGCCUCCGUAGACGACUUUUGUGAGGAGGACCGUCCACUGCUCUCCUUCAUCGCGUUAAGCGCGGCACAGAGCGCCACCGCCCGCUCCGCGGAGGUCGUGCUCGAUGCCGUCCUGACCCCUUUGAAAGGCAGCUCACCGGCGCCAGUUCAGCAAGCCAACCCACUCACAUCACUCAACACCACAAACACAGAAGGCGACAGCUUGGCGGGCCGUUACCCGGAAGUCCUCGUGCUCCUGCAUCUGCACUGUUUGCGGUGCGCGCUGCGCGACUUGCAAGAGUGUCCGACACACGCCCGUCGCACCUUUGUCUCCAUCCUCGAGAGGCACCUUACCGCGUUAGCUGAGGUCCUGCCAGACCCGCUUUUUGUCGCCGUCGCUUCCGUGUUGAGAGACUCCCUCGCCAGCACGGCCGAAGAUGCGUUGGACCAAAAACGGUGUCACGCGUUGGAGGUGCAGCUACUGCACGUGGUGGAGGCCACUCAAGUGGAGCUGCUGCGUGCGACCAAGCUACUCAGCGUGCGUGCCGGUGUGUUGACCCUACGAUUUCACCACAGCAUUCCCUACCUAUAA